UGAUUACUUGUGGACAUGUGUAUUGAAUAAUUGAUCAAUCCAACACCUGAUGGAUUAUUAUUUUUGAGAUGAUCUGGAUCGAGUUAUGUCCGGGUGUGUUGAACGUUGUCAUCAACACGUGUCCCCGAUGACAGGAUCCAUUCAAUUGGGGCCAAUACAGCCCCAUGCUAUGCCAUAUUCAAAAAUUCAAAUGCCAAAUUUUAUUGCUCAUAAUGAACAAUUGACAGUGUCACCAAAUCAACAACGGAACAAAGGAACAAUGACACUUUCACAAUUUCAUCAAAAAACACCAAUUCAACUUACACCUCUUUGGGAACACGUGGUACGCACACAAGAAUUUCCCAGUGAGGUUGAUAAACAGCUGACAUUUGAUGAGAUAACAGAAAGAUUACGUGAUCCUGAAUGGGAAGUACGACAGCAUGCAUUACGUGUGCUAAUUGAUGUUUUACCGACAUUGAAAAAUGAUGCUGUUGAUGAUUUGAUGGUGUCAGUUGUGCCAGAACUUGUUAAUAAUUUAGGUCAUUUAGCACCAGCUGUAAGAAAAGGUGGUCUUGAUGCACUCAGGGUUUAUUUGGUAUGCAGUCAAAAGCCAGAUGACAUUGUCAAUAAUAUUCUUGAGGCUAGUUUAAAACAUCAUGAUAUUCAGGAUAGUAUUAAAACAAGUAUUACUGCUGGUGUUAUAUUGAGUACACCGUCUUUACUUUUUUCAACGUUAUCAAAUACCACAAAUUUAACAAGGCAAACAUUAAAGCUGGCUAUUAAUUAUUUAGCUAAUUAUCUAGUUCAAGUUACGCAUCAAGAAUCAGCUUUAAAAUCACUUGUUAAAAUUCGUGAUACAAUUGGUAAUGAUGAAUUUAUAAAUUUACUAAAUGAAUGUGAUCCAAAGUAUAAAAUUGAUUUUGAAAAUAUUUGUCAAGAUUAUGAUGUUAAUGAUAAAUCAUUGAAGAAAAAAAAAAAAAAGAAAAAAACUAAAAAAAAGAAAAUUAAUUCAGCUGAAAUUAAUGAAAAUAAUAAUAAUGAUAAUGUUGAUGAUAAUGUUGAUGAUGAAUCGAAAAUUCCACCAUCAAGAGUAGUUUUAGAAACAGAAAUAAAAUUUAAUUCUGAAACGGCAAUUAUGAUGACAAUUUUAGAAGAAAAAAAUAGUGAUUCAGAUGAUGAAAGAGAAAAUAAUGAUGAUGAUGAUGAUGAUGAAGACAAUGAUGAUGGUGAUGAAUAUUUUUCUGUUGAUAAAUUAAAGAGUAAAUUUGAUGAUAAAUUAAAAAUAACAGAACUUGAAGCACAAAAUGAAUGGAUUGAACGAAGAAAAACACCAAGACGAGUACAUUUUGGUGGUGAAAUUGUUAAAUUAAGAACACCAGAUAGUGAUGAUUCUGAUGUUAUUCAUCAGACAAAAAUACCACUUCCAAUAACACCAGUAACUAAAAUGCCACUUCAUAAAUCACGAGUGUCAUCGAUAAAUAAAAUGAAUAAACAUUCAAAAAAUAAUCAAAGAAGAUCUAGAUCAGCUUCUAGCUCACCCAAACGUAAAUACUACAUUCAUGAUGCAAGCUUGAGUCCAAAAAAAAGUAUAUUAACUAAAACAAAUGAUUAUGAAUAUUUUAGCAGUCAUCAAAUGAAUAGAAGAAAAUCAAAAUCAUUGGAAGAUGAAUUAUAUUUCAAGGGUGAAGCUGAUGAAGAUUUUAAUAUCAACGAAAAUGAUCGUAGUUGGUCAUUUGAAGUUUUUCAAGAUACUGACAAUGAUGGUGAUGAUGAUGAUGAAUCAAUUGAACCAAUUAAAAUAAUAUCAGAUAAAGCGACAUUAAAUAAAUCAAAAAAAAAAAGAAAAUUAAAAUCAGCUGGUGAAAUAACAACGACAAUUGCUGAGGUACAUAAUGAGCAUAUUAAAUCAGAUGAUGAAAAAAUAAAUGAAGCUUAUUUAAAUGAUCAUUCAAUUAAUGAUGUAGCUGAUAAAAAAAAUUAUCUACAAGUGCCACAAAUAAUAAUACAAACAGAUAAACUAAAAAAUAAUACAAAAGCAUUUAAUAAACAUAAUAAAAAUGAUGAAAAUUUAGAAAAAAGACCAAAUACAACACCAGGUUUAAUUGAAACAAUUGAUACAUCAUUUGAUAAUGAAUUAAAGGUAAAAAAAAAAAAUGAACAACGAUCACAAUCAAGUUUAUCACGUAAAGCAAGCUAUGAAGCAUUUCCAAAAAAAGAAAGAAAUUAUAUUUACAUGGAAUUAUCAAGUCCAGCUAAAGUUGAACCAACUAGUCGUGAAGUUUCACCAUCUCGUAGUGAUUCAAAGCUACCAACAGCCAAUUCUGUUGAACCUAAUGCUGAACAAUUGCAAAAUACUACUGAUAAUAAAAUCAUCAACAGUGUGAUUGUUGAAAAUAAAGAAGAUGAUAGUAAUAAAAAUAAUCUAGAUGAUGAUGUUAAAAUUAAAAGUUCAAUUGUUGCUGAGAAGAAAAGCAGUGAUGAUGUUGAUGACAGUGGCGAAAGUAGAAAUGGCAGUUCUGACAGUGGACCAAAAUUAAAUGAAGAAAAUUGGGAAGAACUUGGACUAGUUAAUCAGGAAGUUCUUGAUGAUCUACACAAUAAGGAUGACUGGCGAGCAAGAGUUCGAGCAUUGGAAAGAAUUGCAUCGGCAUUGAGAACAUCCUCGUCAUUAAUUGCAAUUGAGCCAAGACUUGGAUCCCUACUGCAAGCUGUUCUUGGUGGUGAAAGAAGUUGUAAAGUUGCUGCUGCUGGAAUGUCUGUUGCUAGGGUUGUCAUUGCCGGAGUUACAGAAGAAGCACUUAGACGUCGUUUACCACAAAUUGCAUGGGGUUUGACUCGUCAGGGUGGACCAAAUGCUGCUCAAUUAUCUAGAAUUGUCAUGUUGCGUCUUAGGCCAACAUUAUUUUUUGAACAAUUACUUCAACCUCAUUGCAUUGAUGCUCGAAAUGCCAAGACAAGAGAAAAUGCACUUCAGCUUUUGAUCUUCUCGUUGGUAACAUUUCCCAGUACUGAGUUCAAAGUAGAGAAUGUUGCAAACAAAGUGGCUUUGAUGGUGGGUGACAAAAGGCGAAGGGUGAGACAAGCAGCUCUAGAUACUCUUGCGGUACUUGCACAGAUUUACGAACCCGAGGAAACACUUCAAGCUGGUAAUAGAGCAGCUAAAAAACUCAAAGAGGGUAACAAUAUGAUGGCAGCAAUACGAGCAAGAAUAUCUAGAAAAUCAUUACCAAUGGUAUCAGCUGAUGGACUUGUUGUUUAUGGCUUACAAAUAUCACCAAAAUUACAAAUAACAACUGGUCCAGAUGUCGAUUGGAUUCUUGCUGGUACUGGAUCUGUUUCACCUGGUACUGGUAGAGCAAGAGGACAAAUUAUAUCAACAACUUCUAAGCCUGAAUCAACAAAUAUCAAUUGGUAUCAUCAACAGAUCAAGUAA